AUGGACUGCAACUUUGAACUGCCUUCGCUGAGGGCCACUUUGAGACUAGGCGCCCCAACCAAGUCUAGGCUGAGCUCUACUCAGUUCUACGAUGUAGACUUCUAUCCCUAUACCGCUCCCGGCCAGGUCCCUGUUUUCGCCGUGUGCGGAGGUCCAUUUACCGUCAUAUGUCGGUGUAAACUUGACAGCAACGGCACCGUCGAGAUCCUGCGGUGGUUUGAAGAUGACGAGGCCACUACUGAACACGGCACGUCCGACGAUAAAGUCAACUACAACAGUAUCGUAUGGUCUCAGGCUGAAAAUGGCGACCCGCUCGUCUGCGUCACAGGAGACUCUCGCAUCAAGGUCUUGAAUGUCCAGACCGGGGAGCUCACAGCAACGCUGAUAGGCCAUGGCGAUUCCGUGAACGAUCUCGCCAUAUCGCCGAUAGACCCGACCAUUCUCGCCUCCGCAUACCACCCGAAAGGCCAGUACAUCCUAACAGCGGGUAUGGAUACCAGGAUCAAUUUGUGGGCAGUACCCGAAGACCUCAAGGAACACGCUGGCACCGACAAGCCGGCCAUAGUGCACUAUCCGCACUUUUCCACUACCGAGAUACACACUGACUUCAUCGACUGGUAA